AUGGACCCUCUCUCUAUCACCGCCAACGUCUUAGCCUUACUGGAAACAUCAAUCAAUAUCACAGGUCGACUCAGGAUUGCCUACUCAUCCAGCUUGCUAAAACAGCACCAUGAGGAGUUACAACGUACCGAGAGUGUCAUACGGGUUGUUCACAGUGAAGGAUUUCUUGAGACAGAAGCCGUGACAUCCGAGUUGAACAAAUUGAAGAAUCUGUCACAGGAGCUCCUCACGCUUCUUGAACGACUAGAUUCAGGGAAGAAGUCUAUUCCACGCCAGAUUGCCUAUCAACUCGCGAACGGAUCACAAGAUGAAGAACAUCUCGCCAAGAUUGUGGAAAGAAUGAACACUGUGAAGACAAACAUCAUCCUGCAUGUACAAGUUGCCGGUGUUGGACUUACGCGUGAUGGCCAAAGCAUCAUUGCCGCCAACGCAGCCAAAAUUAGCCAGCUUGGCCGGACUGUAAGGGAGUUACUUGGUGAUGGACAGGGAUUGAGGAUUACGAGUCUGAUGAAAGAUCAACCUCUGCGUGAAGGCGGUACACCUAUUCUAGACUCAGAUGAUUUGAAUCAGAUUGGCGUAUCGAUUCGUAAUGGAGGAACUACUCGAACGAUUAUUGGCAACUUAACGAGACCACAAGCGCUCCAGAUCAACGGACCAGUCGGCAAAGAUGAGUGGAAGACCAUCAGUCAUCUUGAGAUUAGAGAUAAUGAGGCUGGCCCAGCUAGCUCACAGGUCAACUAUCCUGUUUCUGGUAUCGUUUUUGCCUCUCUCCUGUUUGACCAUGCCAUCAAAUACGUGUUGCUAUUUGUUUUGAUCUACCUUGUUUUUUAA